AUGCGAAACAUUUUCACUUUGUUAAAACCAGGAGGAAACUUGUUUGCCAGUGUCAUAGUCGAUUCGGCUCUGUUUGAAAUCUGCGACAACAUGACCAAGAAGCAAAAGUGGCCCCCGGCUAUGGUACAUUUCAAAAUUAAUCCGUACCGAGGUGUGGACAAACCUGAAGCGAAGCUGAGAUUUUUUUUGGAGCAAGCUGGUUUUGAUGUUCAAUUUUGCAAGUUUGAGGAAAGAACUUAUAUUUUCGAUGGGUUUAGGCACUUUUUGGAUUUUGCGUUGGCGAUAGUACCUGUAUUAAACGUGGCGUCGCAAAAUAAACAAGUGCAAUUUGUUGAAGAUUUUACGAGAGAAACGAGAAACGCUGACAAGCUGUCUAUAAAAAAAAGCGGUGGUGGUGAAAAAGUUGUCAUGUCUUAUAGCGUUCUGGUGGUUUGUGCGUCAAGAGCUUAA